AUGGGCAUCCAUGCUGUUAGCGUCAUGCUAGAGGCUCUCAAUAGAGAUGCCCAACAUGCUACUAUCGCCAAGUUCAUUCAAAAUGAACUUGACGCAGAACGCGAGAAAGUAGCCUUGCUUCACCAACAAGGUUCUCAACAAGCAGAGUUGUUGAGAGAACAGGGUGCUCAACAGUUUGAACUGUUGAGACAGCAGCAGGCUGCUGCUGGUGGGUCGAUGCACUCGCGUCGACCCGAAACCUUGAAGAUUGACAUCUCCAAGGCGCGUCGCAUCGACGACGGGGAUAUGCAAGUUGCAUUUGCCCAGUCAAAUCUGGCAGGACGUGCCAAGACUUGGGCACUGGGGCUCAAGUUGCACGACCCAUAUGCGUUUGGGUCGUUGGAAGUCUUCAAGUCGCGGCUCAGACAAACGUUUGAACCGCCUAGAGCUGAGUUCAGGGCUCGAACCGAACUCUUGAAGCUCAAACAGGGUAAGCGUGAUGUGCACGCUUACAUGCAACAUAUACGACAUCUCACGAGUUGUAUAAGUUCCAAUCCGGUGGAUGAACACACGUUGGUUUCGGUGUUCAUGCAGGGUCUUGCGGAUGGUCCCGUCAAGACUCACCUGUUCCGGCUUGAACUAGAUUCACUAGAACAAGCCAUUUCCAUUGCGGAGCAGGAAGACUUCAGUCUGAGACAGGCUCGCGCCAGCUCGACAUCAUAUCGUCAACCGAGACGAUAUGACAACGGAGGUCCAGAGCCGAUGGAACUCUGUUAUGUAGAGAGCGAGAAGGCUCGCUCUACAGGCUACAAGAAGUUGCAGAGAUGCAACAGAUGUCAAAAGACAGGACACUACGCUUACGAGUGUAGUGCCCCUCGUCCAGUGUCUCGCGACACUGGGCGUAGUGACCGUCCACCCAUGAGAAAGGGGCAGGGACGAGGGUCCGCAGUUGGUGCAAAGACGCAACAACGGGAUGGACCGUCAAAAAACGGACAGGAUCAGUAG